UGUUUUGAAAUGAAGGGUUCCAGUACCAAUAGACCUCAAGUGCCGUUACUGUCAACCAUCGAAUACGACAACAUCACAGAUGACCUUCAAUAUAAUGUGACUUCAAGUGAAGGGUUUAAUUCCCUAGAUGAGAAGAGUUCUGAACAGCAACAAGACGUGUUAAACUCAUCAAAAAUAUUCAUCCCUUUAAGCACUCCACGAUGCAGUAUCGGCUCUUCUGUAUCUACAGACCACCUUGGUUUUGAAAGUCAAUUAUUGGAAGUGGCUAUUCGUACGAACGAUGUUUCUAAAGUUAAACAUUUCUUAAUGAUACAUCGAGAUAAAUUUCAGAUGAAGUCUGGUACAUCACUCUGUGAUGUAAUGAAUGUUCGCAUUACUUCCAAACUUGUUAAGGCUUCUGAUGAAGUGACAUUGCGCACAUCAUUUCCCAUCACAGCUUCUUCGUCUUCGUCUCCACUACUUUCAUCGGUGGCCUCGUCUUUGUUGUUUUUAAUAGAUUGA